UAGGUUCUUCAUUAAAAAAAAAAAAGAAAAAGAAAAAAAGUAGGAGAAGAAUACAUACAGAAAUACAGAUAGAUAGAUACAGAAGGAAUUCGGUCAGCUUGUUGAGAGAGAGAGAGAGAGAGAGAGAGAGAGAGAGAGAGAUGGCGAAUAGACGGAUUGGGAAGACGAUACCCUGCUCUGCAUUCAGUGUUUUUAUUCUGCUACUCUCCUCUGCUACUUCUCAAUCACAACCUAACCAGGGUAUUGACAUUGAUCCUUCAAGAAAUAUUAAAGAACAGCACCCUGAAGUUCAUUGUUCAAGAGAAAGGAGUCGAGCCGCAUGGAAAAUAAUAGAGGAAUAUCUGAUACCUUUUAUGGAAAAAGAAAAGUAUCAACUUUCAAGCCGAUGCAGACUUCAUCAAAGCAACGAUAUAUUUAGAGAACAAGAGGAGCACAAAAUUCAUGUCGACAUAAACGAAUAUCGAUGUGGGUAUUGUAAGAAAGUCUUUCGAGCAGAAAUAUAUUUGGACCAGCAUUUCGACAACCGGCACUACAAUCUUCUAAACGUUCUUCUAGAACCUCAAGGAUGGUGAGUGCACUCGAGAAAGCUCCGCUCGAAGAUGGUUACGUAUCGUACCCAUGGGAGCAUAGAAUGCACGAGAUGCUCUCGGUUCCGAAUUCAAGCACAUUCUAUUCCAUUAAUUGCUGCUCUGCACUCGCGUCUCCUCCGAGCGGCGAUUAGACAUCAAUUGAAGUGGUUGAAAUUAUUAAUUGCCUAAUGUAUUACUUGCGUUCCCACAAGAGAAAACAGGAAGAGGAGAGAAAGACGAAGAGGAAGACGAGGAAGACGAAGUGGAUUACUUGCGACCCGACCGCCGAGUCCAUUGCUUCUAGUAGCACUCCGUUUCACAGAAUGUGCUUUGGCCGUGGGAGCAAUUUGUUUUGCUCUGCCAUGACGACCAAUUUUUAUUUUGCCGAGCACUAGUUUUGCAGAUGCCAGCCCAUUGGAAUAUUCCCGAUGUGUCAACACUCUUCCAACUAUGCCACAAAAUGGUAGAAGACUCCGGUUUACAAGAAAACCUUCGUCAUCUACGUUGGGAAGAGAUCAGUAAGUCUUUCCAUGACAAAGGAAGUACAUUUUCACCACAACAAUGUAAAGACAAGUUUGAUAAGAUCAGAAGCACGUGGCUGGCAUUUUACAAGAAGAGGGCCAAAGUUGGUCGUGAGUCUUAUGGUUUGGAGAUUGACGACAACAUCGGGAUGCUAAUUGGUACCGUGCCAGACAUGUCAGCCCACCUCGAUGAGGCUGGUAAAAAGGCAUUUGAAUACUUCUUGGCAGAUCCGGACCUCUUCGACAAGUGCACGGACAUAUUCAUCAAGCACACUUCUAGAGCAGCUUUAACCUAUUCGAAGCAGAUAACUGGUAGCAGCAAGCGGGGUGCCGAUGAAAUGCAAACUUCCACUUUGCGGAAUCAGAGACAGAAGACUGACGAUGUGGCGAAUGUUCCUUCUUUUACGGAAUGCUAUCAUAUAUUAAAGGCCAUACCAGACUUAGGUGCCGACGUCGUGGCGAAGCUUGUGGUAAUGCUGAUAAAUGCCGACUCUCGUGAAAUGUUUGCGUUAUUAACUCCGGAGGAGAGGCUCCAUUGGGUAAAAAAUAACCAAUGAAAACAAAUUUUAACAUUUUUAAUUAUUUGUAUGUCCGACUAUUUGUAUAAUUUCGUACUUGUUUUAUUUUGGUUGUUACUUAAAA